UCGCUGGCCCACUUCGAAAUUAAUGUGCGAAAGAUUUCUUUUUAUUUAAUCUGUUAAAGUGAGAACUGAACGUGGAAUAAAAGGCUGGAUGUUGGUUUUCUAGAAAAACAUGGCUUUAUAUUUGAGAAUGUACUGUGUGGUGAGUGUGGUACUGUUACCAUUACUGCUUAGUCAGAACGUGGAAGCUGCGGCAGUGAUCUCGAUCGAUUUGGGAUCGGAAUGGAUGAAAGUCGGCAUCGUGUCUCCCGGGGUUCCUAUGGAGAUCGUGUUGAAUAAGGAAUCAAAGAGGAAAACUCCGGCCGUGUUGGCACUAAGGGACAAUGUUAGAACAUUCGGCGAAGAUGCCGUCAACGUUGGGGUCAGAUUUCCCAAAAAUUCAUAUAAAUACCUUUUAGAUCUUCUUGGAAAACCAUUUGACCAUCCUAUUGUGCAGAAUUUCAGAGAGAGAUUCCCAUACUACGAUAUUGUGAAAUCAGAGAGGGGAACACCAGAAUUCAUACAUGAUGAGAAGACCAGAUUCAGCCCUGAAGAGUUAGUCGCUCAGUUAUUGGCUAAAGCUAAAGAGUUUGCCGAAAUUAAUCAUGGUCAGCAAGUGAGUGAAGUGGUGAUCACAGUACCAGGUUAUUUCAACCAGGCAGAGCGUCGGGCUGUCAAAGAAGCUGCCAGCUUAGCCGGUCUCAAUGUACUCCAGCUUAUCAAUGACUAUACUGCUAUUGCUAUCAAUUAUGGCAUAUUCAGGAGGAAGGAAAUCAAUGAGACUGCAUGGCACGCUCUGUUCUUCGACAUGGGCGCGGCGUCCACCAAGGCUGCGCUCGUCGAAUACAAGACCGUUAAGAUUAAGGACAAGGGUUACGUGGAGACUGUGCCACAGUUGCAGGUCCUGGGUGUUGGAUUUGACAGGACUUUGGGCGGACACGAAAUGACGUUACGUCUUCGCGAACAUCUGAUCAAGGCGUGGGAAGCUCAAGGCGGAGGUGACGUCAGAGCUUCGCCGAGGGCCAUGGAGAAGUUGCUCAAGGAAGCCGAGCGUUUGAAGGUGGUUCUUUCAGCUAACACCGAGUUCUACGCUCAGAUCGAAAGUCUGCUCGACGAUAAAGACUUCAAGGUUCAGUAUCACAGAGCUGCAUCCCUGGCAACUGGCUACAAAGUGGCACCUUUGGUUGUGCGCGACGCCGUGGUUCUGCCUAUUCAAGUCGUCUUUUCCAGGAAUAUUGACGGAGUUGACAGACAGAUUAAACGCACGCUCUUCAGCCCAAUGAAUCCUUACCCACAAAAGAAGGUAAUCACUUUUAACAAACACACCAACGACUUCACCUUCAACGUGAAUUACGCCGAAUUGGAGCACAUUCCUUCAAACGAGAUUGCUUACAUUGGCGCAUUGAACCUCUCACAAAUUGUCCUCACCGGUGUUGGGUCCGCCCUUGCAAAACAUACGGGAGAGAACGUAGAACACAAAGGCAUUAAAGCGCAUUUCAAUAUGGACGAUUCCGGUAUUUUGAACCUUGUUAACGUUGAAUUUGUCGCUGAAAAAGUUGUCACUGAAGAAGACGGUGAUAGUACGCUGUCAAAGAUUGGUAGCACUAUUAGCAAACUAUUUGGAUCUGACACGGAAACACCUGAAAAGGCUGAAGAAAAGCCUGAAGAAAAACCUGAUGAAUCUACUGAAACUGCAAAGAACGAUACCAAGAAAGCCAAUGAGACUACAACGGAGAAACAAAAUGUUACUGAAACUGAGAAUAAGACACCCAAGCCAAAGACUAUAGUAUUGAAAGAACCGAUCCAAACCGACGAGCAAAUACUGAGCUUGCAGCCUUUGACUCCCAGCCAGUUUAAGAGCUCUAAAGCUAAGAUUGCAGAGUUAAAUAACAUUGAUAGAAAAAGAGUUGAAAGAGAAACUGCUUUGAAUAAUUUGGAGGCAUUCGUCGUUGACGCUCAAAUGAAGAUAGAGAUGGAAGAAUAUGCCGAAUGCGGCACUCCGGAAGAAAUUAACGAGAUCAAGAAACUGUGCAGUGAAAUAUCCGAAUGGUUAUACGAUGAUGGUUACAAUGCAGAAACUAAAGAAUAUGAGGAUAAGUUGAAAAUGUUGCAUGAAAAGACGAACCCGAUUUUCUAUAGACAUUGGGAACAUAGAGAGAGGCCUGACGCCGUGGCGACUGUACGCAAAAUGCUGAAUAGUUCAAAAGAAUUCCUUAAAGCUGCUAAGAAUAUGACAAAAGAUGCAAACGCCGACAAAGACAUAUUCACUGAUGUUGAAAUUGAAACUUUAGAGACAAAGAUUGCAGAUACCGAAUAUUGGGUUGACAAAUCUCUUGAGGAACAAAACGCGUUGAAGAAACAUGAGGAGGUUAAGAUGACAAUUGAUAGUAUAAGAGAAAAAAUGGGCGGAUUGGAUAGGGAAGUUAAGUAUUUGAUCAAUAAGAUGAAAAUAUGGCGGCCUAAGAAACCUGUUAAGAAAGAGGAGAAUAAAACUGAAACUGUGAUUGAGCCGGAGGAGAAAGAGAAAGCCGAGAGCCAGGAAGAGAAGCCAGACGAAGGUGCCGAAGUGGAGACCGAAUUUGAGACGACGGAUACCGGCGGAGAGCCCACAGAACCUCCUCUGCAGCUCUCCGAUGCCAAUGAAGACGAACAUUCCGAAUUAUAAUAUGUAUAAUAGUUAGGCGAAAAGGUGGAGUAACUAAUUUAAUUUAUUAGUCUUAUUUUAUUUUAUACUUUAAAUUAAAUGGCUUGUUCGCCUUUCGUACUACUUGUAGAGUAUAGAAAGUUUGCACUCUCAACAAUAUCACUGUGUGGCGUUAGUUAUACUGCGAAUUCGUGUAAUCACAAUCGAUGAUAUAUUUAAUUAAAGAGAUUAUUUUGUGGAUGUGCCCAUAGCGAAAGACGUUCACAUCCAUAGUAUCGAUUACAUUAUCUUUUGUGAAUUAAAUUUCAGCGUUUUUCUGCAUUUAUUGUUAUUGUAAGUAAAAAGUUUUAUUGGAC